CCCUUCCGACCAUGGUUUUCGGUCAUUUUGUGCGGGAUAAAAACCUGACCUUUCUUAUAUUUGCGGUGCACAUGCGGGGCUGAGCGAAGCGGCGCGUCAAAACCAAAAUUCACGCAAAAAAUAAAUGCAAUUCAACAUGGAGGGGUCGUCUCUGCAGGCAGGUUUGUUUCUGUGGAUGAUGCUGUGUCUGCUCAGUGAUGGGCAAUCCGCACCGGACGCCUCAGGCCUGCCUCUCGCCAUCCGCGUACCACUGCGGCAAGGCGCCGAACAGACUUCGCCUUCGCUUUCGCCUUCGCCUGCCGCAGCAGCGAAUCGCCAGCGCGGCAACGCGGUGAAGCAGGCUGCGCGCAGGCGGAGAGGAGCGGUAGCGGCAGCGGCAGCGGCAGCGGUAGCGGUAGCGGCAGCGGGCGGCGUCAGCUUUGUGGAGAUGGUGGAUAACCUGCGUGGGAAGUCUGGGCAGGGGUACUAUGUGGAGAUGGCCGUGGGCUCUCCUCCACAGAAGUUGAACAUCCUGGUGGAUACAGGAAGCAGUAACUUUGCGGUCGGGGCAGCUGCUCAUCCCUUCCUUCGCAGAUACUACCACCGUUCUCUCUCCGGCUCGUACCGUGACCAGGGUAGGAGUGUGUACGUUCCCUACACUCAGGGUCGCUGGGAGGGGGAGCUGGGCACCGACCUGGUCUCUGUGCCACACGGCCCCAACGCCACGCUGCGAGCCAACAUCGCCGCAAUCACCCAGUCGGAUCGCUUCUUCAUCAAUGGAUCCAACUGGGAGGGAAUCCUGGGACUGGCCUACGCUGACAUAGCCCGGCCCGACGAGACAUUGGAGCCUUUCUUUGACUCUCUGGUUCGCCAGACUCCUGUCCCCAACCUCUUCUCUCUCCAGUUGUGUGGAGCCGGCUUCACCCAAAACUACUCCCUGGGCAGCGCCACUGUUGGCGGCAGCAUGAUCAUCGGAGGAGUGGACCCGUCGCUCUACGUUGGAGAGCUCUGGUACACUCCCAUUCGCAGGGAGUGGUACUAUGAGGUCAUUAUCGUACGCAUCGAGGUGAAUGGACAGGACCUCAACAUGGACUGUAAGGAGUACAACUACGACAAGAGCAUCGUGGACAGCGGCACCACCAACCUCCGACUGCCUAGAAAAGUCUUCCAGGCUGCAGUCAAAGCUAUUGAAGCAGCCUCUUCGACGGAACAGUUCCCCUCUGGGUUCUGGCUCGGGGAGCAGCUGGUUUGUUGGCAGGCCGGCACUACACCCUGGCACAUCUUCCCCGUCAUCUCCCUCUACCUGAUGAGUGAAAACCACAACCAGUCCUUCAGGAUCUCCAUCCUACCACAGCAAUACCUGCGGCCAGUAGAGGACGUGGCCUCCGCCCAGGAGGACUGCUACAAGUUCGCCGUGUCCCAGUCCAGCACUGGUACCGUGAUGGGGGCGGUCAUCAUGGAGGGCUUCUACGUGGUCUUCGACCGCGAAAAGAAACGCAUCGGCUUUGCCGUCAGCACCUGCCAUGUGCAUGAUGAGUUUCGCACAGCCUCCGUGGAAGGCCCGUUCCACGGCGUCGACCUGGAGGACUGCGGCUACAACAUCCCUCAGACGGACGAGUCCACCCUCAUGACCAUCGCCUACAUCAUGGCGGGAAUCUGCGCCCUCUUCAUGCUGCCGCUGUGUCUCAUGGUGUGCCAGUGGCGCUUCGCCCGCUGCCUCCACCCACACGGGGACUUUGCCGACGACAUAUCGCUCCUCAAGUGAAGGCAGGAACGAAAAGGAUUCAUUGAGACCUUCGCUUGGAACAACAGGGCUGGGAUGGAUUGUGGUAAAAAAGGGAUGUACAUCGUUACAAAAUGCCGGUGUUGUUGAAAGAGAGCUUUGAAAGGGUUCUUCAGGAAUACAAUAUGUAAAGUAUAGCAAAUGCUGACAUGCAGCGAAUACACAGCGAACAGAGCUUUUGAGGAUAACUAGAGCCAUUACUAACCUGAAGGACAGACGAGAGAAAGUUGGCGACAACUUCUCCUGUUCCAGCUACCUAUGCAGAUCAGCAUGGCGAGAGGUGGAGAAAUGCAAAACAAAACUCUGUUACAAGUGAUGUGUAAAUAGGCAACAGAGAUGGAUUGGAUUUUUGAAAAGAUCUGUCUCCUAACAUUGCCGAGUUGGUGCACUGGUGGUGUGUUUUCGGGGUAAUAUAGAGUAAACAGAUCAUUUAUAAACAUGGCUAAUUGAAGAACCUCACAACCUGGAUGUGAAUAUAAGAUGUGAAACCAUCACAUAGUCGGAAAGGUUUGCAUUGGUAAGAUUCAAACAUAUGAAGAUGUGGUUACAUGUGGGUGUUACUGCUGUUUGUGGUUUAUGUGUGAAUGACACAAGGUUUGAAGUGUGUGAGCAUGCCUGUAUUUGCAAAGCUGUACUAUUAAAAGAAGAGUUUACAGAAAGAUUUAAUGAAAAUGAAGAUGACACUUGUGAAAAUUCAAAAUGACACUACUGAGUAUGAAUAGCAUCUAUGAAAUAACACUAUUUUGCAAAUGCCAGCGAAGAAUUCUGCAACGCAAAGAUUAAAAUGUCAGAUUGUAACAGGAUUUUAUUGCAUAAAAUCAGUUUUAGCUUGGUGUGAAACUGAGACUACUGAACGCAGUCAAUAUCAGAUGUCAUUUUCUUUUCCUAUAUUGAUAGCUUAAAUGUAUUUAUUGUACAUAAGAUGUGUGCGUACCGGAUCUUCUAUUUGUGCAGACACACACACACACACACACACACACACACACACACAGAUUACACAUUGUUUAUCCUACUGCUGCACUGAUGAUUUGCACAUGUAACAAUACAUCACAUGUUAACUAACCAGGACUUAAUAGGGCUUCUUUCACUGACACAGAAACAAGCCCAACUCACCACAUCUCUCAACGGGGACCACAUAUGUAUGCUUGGACGAGGAAACCAGCCCAAAGUAUGUUAUACACAUAAGAAUACUAUGUAUGUCUACAGUUUGUGUCGUCUCUCAGCAAGCUGUAAAUAGAUAAACUCAGAACUGUAUAUUUAUCUGUCAGGCGCUGGCAGCA